GUAUCAGCUAUAAUGUCUCAAUAAUUCUAGUAUUUGAAUGAGGCAGAGACUGAAGAAAAAUUUCUGAUAUUUCCUUUGACCGAAUAAUCAUUGCAAACUUGGCCGUGUGAAGUACAGCAAGAAGAUAUUGUGGAAUUCGUAAAUAUUUAUGCGCAUUUUGAUAAUUGAAAGUAAAAGUUUCUUUUGAAUUUAAUUGCAAAAAUGGAAAAACAAUCCAAAGUAAAACAUCGUAGAAAAUUAAUAAGUCCAGUUUUUCACUUGCAGUCGAAAGAAGACGAUGAUAAAUACUUAACAAAGGAUAUGAUCAAAAGUGUCAGGCGGACAGGGCAACUGAAUUUAUCCGGGAAACAUUUAUCCUCCGUGCCUGCCAAAAUAUUCACAAUGUAUGAUUUAACAGAUGAGAAUGCAGUAAAUGUAGAUUUUAAUCGUGUCGCAAAAGAGGAUGAGUUGUGGUGGAAUCUUAAACCUUUAAUGAACCUAGAUUUAAGUUCUAACGUUUUAACUGAGGUACCUGGGCAAAUUAGCAUAUUUCAGGAUCUAACUAUAUUUAAUUUGCAAGAUAACAGUUUAACAACUUUACCUAAGGAAAUUACUAACUUGACAAAAUUAACAAGGCUAAUUUUGAAUCGUAAUAAACUUAACAUUUUACCAGAAGAAAUCAGUAACAUAAUUGAUCUUAGAAUCCUUUUACUAAAUUAUAACUGCCUGGAAUUUUUACCCGAUGGUGUUGUGGAUUUGGUUAUGCUGGAAAAAUUGGAGUUAUCAAAUAACUGUUUAAAAACCUUGCCCACUGGAAUCGGAUUUUUAGUAAGGCUAAUGGAGUUGAAUGUGUCUUACAACAAAUUAUCAGAAUUACCACCAGAUAUUGUAAACCUAAGAAGUCUGCAGAGGCUAGACAUAAGUCAUAAUAAUAUUCAACAUCUACCAGAAUCAUUUUGUGAGUUAAGAAAAUUGCAAAUACUGCAUGCACAGCACAACAACAUUGAAGAGAUACCUGAUUUAACCGGCUGUGAGUGCAUCCAAGAAAUUUAUUUCGGUAAUAACUACAUUAAGGAAAUCCCAUUGGAAUUGUGUGAAAAUCUAAUUCAUUUAAAGAUACUUGAAUUAAGAGAUAACCAAAUUAAAACCCUUCCUAGAGAAAUCGCCAAGUUGAUGCAUAUUGCAAAAAUAGAUUUGGUGAAUAAUGAACUGGCCGAAUUGCCACCUUCAUUGGCCUUGUUGCCUCAUCUGCAAACCUUAAAAGUGGAGGGAAAUAAAUUGAAACAAAUCAGAGUAGAUGUUAUCAACGCUGGAACCACCAGGAUAUUGCAACAUUUGAGGGAAAAACUGACAGAAGAUGAGAUUGAAUCCCUAAGUGGAAGUUUUGUUAAGGUUCCUAGUAAUGCUUGUGUAUUUCCUGACAGAUAUAAAAUGAAAAAUGGAAAUAUUUUGAAUUUAACAAUGAAAAAUCUAUCUGAUGUACCUGACGAAGUAUUUCUUGAAGCUAAAGAGGCAAGAGUUACAAUUGUAGAUUUAUGCAAAAACAAAUUUAACAAAAUCCCUUGCGGUUUGCAGAAAAUUACGCCCUAUUUAUCAGAAUUAAACUUGUCCAACAACCAGAUCAAAGAGGUUCCGGAAUAUUUCUCUUCACUAACAACACUAAAGUUUCUAGAUUUGAGCAACAACCAGCUCAGUUCCCUCCCAAGUAAUUUGUCAGAGUUGGUUUCUUUAAGAGAACUGGUGUUAUUCAACAACAGAUUUACCAAAAUACCUGAAUGUGUAUAUCCAAUGGCAGGUUUGGAGAUAUUAAUGUUCAACGAUAACAGUCUGGAUGAAAUAAACAUAGAUGGGCUCACCAAACUUACCAGACUGGCUGUCUUAAAUUUGUCCAAUAAUAACAUAAAUUAUGUACCGCCUCAGCUGGGAAAUAUGAAGCAGAUAAAGUCACUAGAGUUGAAGGGUAACCCGUUCAGGCAACCGAGAUAUGCAAUUCUAGAACAGGGAACUGAAGCAAUAUUAUCUUACUUAAGGGAUAAGAUUCCCACACCUUAGUGGUAAAAAUAGUAAAAAUAUCUGUAGUAUAAGGGAAAAAUAAAAUUGUGCCAUGAGUAACCCCCACCCACAAUCACAAAAAAAAAGAAUUUUAUCCAAAAAAUUUUAACGUACAAAAAACUAAUAAACCGGACAGUAUUAUUGUA